GCAAAGCAGAGAUCAGGCCCCCUUUCAUAACUGUGCACUUCUCGGCUUGAGUCCACCCAAUCAUCUCCGAAAUGAUCUCGUGCGACGGGUUGUCCCUCCGUCCAUGCGCCAGUAUAUACAUAGCCGUGCUGAUCAUGAUGAUACUCAUAUCUGACACUCGUCAAACAACUCAGCGCUAUCAGUUGGCCUUGACAACGUCGCAUCUUCCCUAUAAAUUAAGGCUUUGUUUUCUGUACUAGCAUACCUUACCCGCUUCUGAACAGAAUCAUCCACUUUAGCAUCCGAUACAGAAUGGCUGGCAUACCAUGGACCCCGAUCUAUAUAGCCUUCGCAGCAUACGCCUACUUCAGAGCCACGUGGUCGACAUUCUUCUACCUUUCGGCCUUAGCCACCAUCUGUAGAGUCUUCUACCGAGUCUUCCUUUACCCAGAGUUUCUGACGCCUCUCAAGAAUAUUCCUAGCCCGUCUGGCCGGUCAUGGUUUCGGGGCAAUAGUAGCAGCUUGAUUUUGAAGCAUGACUGGAAGCGACUGGCUCAAUGGCUCGAAGAGAUACCGAAUGACGGACUAAUCCGCUACUACAUGACCGGCAAUUUGGAGCGGUUGAUCGUGACCAACCCCAAGGCGUUGAGUGAAAUCCUGGUCACGAAAGUGUACGACUUUGAGAAACCCCCUCUGGUUAGAGAAUCACUGGGACGCCUGACCGGGCAGAAGGGGGUGCUUUUGGUCGAAGGUGCCGAGCACAAGCAUCAACGAAAGAAUCUUAUGCCAGCCUUCUCCUACCGUCAUAUCAAGAACCUGUAUCCGACUUUCUGGUCGAAGAGUAUAGAGAUGGUACGAUGCAUAGAGGACGACCUGCGGAGUCGUGAGGAUCCCUCUGACAAUGUCAUUCGUGUGGCAACCUGGUCAAGUCGAGCCACUCUCGACAUCAUCGGUCUUGCCGGAAUGAACCGCGAUUUCAACUCCCUCCGCGACCCUACCAAUGAACUGGCAAGACAAUAUGGUAGAAUCAACGGUACGCCGCCUUCAAAGCUGGAGUUGGGUCUUUUCCUCCUUGGGCUUGUGAUGGGCGUGCCAACAUGGGUGCACAAGCUGCCCCUGGAGAGAAAUAAGUUCAUCAGAGAAGGCGCCGAUUACAUCCGCGCCGUCGCACUGCAGAUGGUCCGCGAAGCGAAGGAAUCAAGGAACAACCAACAGACUGGCAAGACUAAGGAUGGAGUCGACAUUAUCUCCGUCGCACUCGAGAGCGACAGUUUCACCGAUGACGAGCUUGUCGACCAAAUGAUGACUUUCCUCGCAGCCGGACACGAGACCACCUCGACCGCCCUGCAAUGGUGCAUCUACGCCCUCUGCAAAUACCCCGACGUGCAGACCCGUCUGCGGGAAGAGAUCCGCGCGAACCUACCCUCCAUCUCAGUCGAGAAUCCCGAAUCCGUCUCAACCGAGACCUUGGAUGCUCUACCAUAUUUGCACGCCGUCUGCAACGAGGUCUUCCGCUUCCAUCCCUCCGCGCCGGCCACCAUCCGCGUGGCGAACCGCGAUACAUCUCUGGUCGGCCAAUCGCUCCCGAAGGGCACGCUUCUCUUCCUGUUUCCCGCCAUCAUCAACCACAGCAAGGAGCUUUGGGGCCCGGAUGCCGAUAAAUUCAACCCUGAGCGCUGGCUCGGACCCGGAAUGGCCAACACCGGCGGUGCCACUAGCAACUACGCCUUCUUGACGUUCCUGCACGGGCCUCGGAGCUGUAUUGGGCAGGGCUUCGCCAAGUCCGAGCUGGCGUGUAUGCUUGCUGCCUUUGUUGGCCGGUUCCAGUUUGAGUUGGAGGACCCCGAUGCAGAGCUGGAGCUCCGCGAGGGCGCCACUGUAAGCCCGCGGGACGGGGUGUGUGUCAAGUUGACGACGCUGGAGGGGUGGUAGAUGAUUUAUGCUGUUAAGCUUCUUGUGUUCUUUUCUGUGAUGACAUGCUACUUCGAAAAAUUCG